UCUUCACUUUCUUCUUCAUCAUCACUUAAUUCAAAUGACGAUCAAAAUUCUUCUAAAAAUAGAGGAGAGGAGGAAGAUGAAGUGACCGAAAUUUCAUUGCAUGAUUUUUGUCGACAUAAAGGAGAGGAAAGGUCUGGACCUGAUCAAUUUGAGUUGUUGCGUGUUCUCGGCCAGGGAUCUUUUGGGAAAGUUUUUUUGGUUAAAAAGAAUUGUGGAAUGGAUAAUGGACAGCUAUAUGCAAUGAAAGUUUUGAAGAAGGCUACUCUUAAAGUUCGUGAUCGUCUUCGCACAAAAAUGGAACGUGACAUUCUUGCCCAAAUUAGCCAUCCAUUUAUUGUUCGUCUUCACUAUGCAUUCCAAACUGAAGGAAAGCUUUAUUUAAUUUUGGACUUUCUUCAAGGCGGGGAUCUUUUUUCUCGUUUGGCUAAAGAGGUUAUGUUUACUGAAGAGGAUGUUACUUUUUAUAUGGCUGAACUAAUUCUGGCAUUAGAACAUUUACAUUCAAUUGGAAUUGUUUAUAGAGACUUAAAACCAGAAAAUAUUUUAUUAGACUCUGCAGGUCAUAUAAGCUUAACUGAUUUUGGUUUAAGUAAAGAAUCUUUGGAUGAUAGUCAGAUGACUUAUAGUUUUUGUGGAACUAUUGAAUAUAUGGCUCCAGAGGUUGUCAAUCGCCGAGGGCAUUCCGUGGCUGCUGAUUGGUGGUCAUUAGGCGUUCUUAUGUUUGAAAUGUUGACUGGAAAUUUGCCUUUUCAAGCUAAACUUGCAAUGCCAGCUUAUCUUAGCCCUGGAGCUCAAAGUUUACUUCGUGCACUUUUCAAACGUAACCCUUCAAACCGUUUGGGUGGUGGACCUGAUGGAAUAAAUGCAUUAAAAGGACACAAAUUUUUCAUUGGAAUAGAUUGGAAGCGACUUCUUGCUAGGAAAAUGCAACCUCCAUUUCGGCCACAUUUUUCUUCAUCGUUGGAUGUAACGCAUUAUUUUGAUCAGGAAUUUACAAAGAAAACGCCUAUGGAUUCUCCAGCAAUUCCUCCGUCGGCUGCUGCUCAUGAGCUUUUUAGAGGAUUCAGCUUCGUUGCGCCAACAAUUUUUGAGGAGGAUUUAAUUAACUUUCAUGAUGAAAAUGGCAUCAAUUCUGCCUUUCCUAGCGAAUUAGAACUUCAAUUGCUCUCUGAUCGACCUGCGGACAACAUUUAUACUGCUCGUUCAACUUUUGCUAAGAAACACGCGCCAUUCAAUUUUUGUGGGGGAUAUGGACCAAUUGGUGUUAAAGGCGAUGGUGAACAUACCGAAGAACAUUUAACCGACAAAUCGUCUUAUUCUAACACGCCAACGCCGGUUCGUGUGGCUAGUCCACUUUGUCCGGUUAAUACUUCGGCUCUCGCACAACGUCGACAGCAGCAUCGCAAAAGUUCUGAAAUGUUCUCUUCGAAUGAGUAAUUAUAAAUAUAAAUUAUAUUAUAUAAGAUGACGGCUUUAACAUUGCAAAAAAUUUUAAUGUGAUAUACAUAAGU